UUCCCACCGGUAGUCGUGUGUGUUAUCCUGUCUAACUUGAAUCCAGGUCGGCAGCAGAGAGUUGUUGAACUGACAGAAUCCUGGGAGUCGGUGUGGGACCAACGAGCCUGUCACCGAGCAGUCCGGAGGGAAGCGGCCGAACCUGGACACGCAUGUUCUGAGAAGGUGUUUUGUGUCCUCUGGUCAGCUGGAAUCAGGAUGCAGUUCUCAGCCAGACUGAGUUUCUUCCUGCUGGGCUUUGUUCUCAUCGUGGUGUUACCUCACUCGGCAAAAGGCCAGGCUGGAGAUGGAUUCAUGUGCAAGACUCCUGCCAUAGCCGACAUCGUGAUCCUGGUGGAUGGCUCUUGGAGUAUCGGUCGCAUUAACUUCAGGCUGGUUCGAGCCUUCCUGGAAAAGCUGGUCAAUGCGUUCUCUGUGCAGUUUGACAAGACAAGGAUUGGACUGGCUCAGUACAGCGGCGACCCGAGGAUCGAGUGGCAUCUGAAUGCUCACACCACCAAAGAGGCUGUCAUAGAGGCUGUGAAAAAUCUGCCCUAUAAAGGAGGAAACACAUUGACAGGUCUGGCUCUCACCUUUAUAUUGGAAAACAGUUUCAAAGUAGAAUCUGGGUCCCGGCCUGGUGUUCCAAAAAUAGGAAUCCUCAUCACUGAUGGGAAAUCCCAAGACGAUGUGAUUCCUCCUGCCCAAAGCCUGAAGGACGCUGGCAUAGAACUAUUCGCCAUUGGUGUGAAAAACGCCGAUGAAAACGAGCUGAAGGCCAUUGCGUCCCCUCCCGAGGAAACUCACGUUUACAACGUGGCAGACUUCAGUGUGAUGAGUGACAUCGUGGAAGGUCUCACCAAGACGGUCUGCGAUCGUGUGGAUCAGCUCGACAAAGAAAUAAAAGGAGUAGGAGAGCCUGUUCCACCCGUCACCUCCAUUGCACCCCCUCGUGAUCUCAAGACGUCGCAGAUAACGGCACGCAGUUUCCGGGUCACGUGGACUCACGCACCGGGCCAAGUGGAGAGAUAUCGAGUGGUUUACUAUCCUGCCAGUGGAGGACAACCAGAAGAAAAAGUGGUGGUGGGGACAGAGAACAGCGUGGAGCUGACCUACCUGAACUCCCUCACAGAGUACCAGGUGGCCGUUUUUGCUGUCUACCGCAGCUCUGCCAGCGAGGCCCUGAGAGGAAGUGCCACUACGUUGGCUCUGCCCACAGUGAACGACCUGGAGUUGUUUGAUAUCACUCACAGCACCAUGAGGGUUCGCUGGAAGAUCGCCGCUGGAGCCUCGGGGUACAUGAUCCUGUACGCCCCGCUCACGGAGCAAGACGCCGCAGAUGAGAAGGAGGUGAAGGUGGGGGAUUCUGUGAACGAGGUGGAGCUGGAAGGAUUAACUCCCGCCACUGAAUACACUGUAACAGUUUACGCCAUGUACGGAGAGGAGGCCAGUGAUCCCAUGACCAGCCAGCAGACCACAUUACCGCUGCUGCCAGCGAGGGACCUACGCUUCUCAGACGUGGGCCACAGCUCCGUUCGCAUCACGUGGGAAUCCCCUUCCAGGCUGGUCCGAGGCUACCGCAUCAUGUACGUCAAGACCAGCGGAGUCCAAACUAAUGAGGUGGACCUCGGCGCCGUGACGAGCUAUUUGCUCAAAAACCUGACCUCCCUGACUGAGUACACCGUCGGGGUCUUUGCUGUUUACAAAGAAGGAGAAGCUGCCGCCGUGACCGAGAGCUUCACCACAGAGGUGGUCCCAGACCCGCUAGACCUGAGGAGCAGCGACGUCUCGUCAGACGGCUUCAGGGUAUCGUGGCAGCACGCCGCCUCAGACGUGGUGCUGUAUCGACUCAUCUGGACACCUACUGAUGGCGGGGACAGCGAGGAGGUUCUGGUGAAUGGGAACGUCAACACUUACCUGAUUAAAGGACUGGAGCCCGCUUCAGAAUAUGAAGUCCUCCUGGCUGCUGUCUAUGCAAACGAGGUUGAAAGUGAUGAGGUGGUGCUUAUAGAAAACACUGCUAAGAGGACGACUACAGUGGCUACAACAACCACAACGACAUUACCUCCUCGUUAUGCGGUGAAGAAUCUGAGGAUCGAUGAAGAAACCACAUUUAGCAUGCGGGUGUCGUGGCAGGCUGCCGACUCCAGAAAUGUCCGUCAUUAUCGACUGACCUACAUCAGUGCCAGGGGAGACAGAGCAGAGGAGACGAGGACGGUGCCCUCGGGUCAAACGAGCCUGGUUCUGCAGCCUCUCCUUUCAGACACGGAGUACAAAGUCAGCAUCAUUCCUGUUUAUAAUGAGGGAGAUGGCCCAGUAUCUUCACAGAUGGGACGGACACUUCCCCUUUCAGCUCCUAAGAACCUGCGAGUCUCAGAAGAAUGGUACAACCGCUUCAGAAUCAGCUGGGAUGUUCCUCCAUCACCCACCAUGGGGUACAGAGUCGUCUACCAGCCUCUUUCUGCCCCAGGGCCAGCUUUGGAGACCUUUGUUGGAGAGGAUGUGAACACCAUGCUGAUCCUCAACCUCUUGAGUGGGACAGAGUACAGCGUCAAGGUCAUCGCAUCCUACACCACAGGGUCCAGCGAGGCUGUAACGGGAAGGGCCAAGACUUUGUACCUUGGAGUUACCGGUUUGACUACAUAUCAAGUGCGGAUGAAUGGUGUGUGUGCUCAGUGGACACCUCAGCGGCACGCCAGUACCUACAGACUGGUUAUUCAAUCUGUGACUGGUAGUCAGAAGCAGGAGACCAAUGUUGGUGGAGGAGCCAGUAGACACUGUUUCAACAACCUGAAGCCCAACACGGAGUAUAAGAUCAGCAUCUAUUCGCAGCUGCAGGACGGGACCGAAGGACCUGCAGUCACUACAAAUGUGAACACAUUACCUGUCCCAACACCAGCACCGGUCAGGACCCCAACCACCACUCCACCACCCACAAUCCCUCCUGCUAAGGAAGUUUGUAAGGCAGCCAAAGCAGAUUUGGUCUUUUUAGUCGAUGGUUCCUGGAGUAUUGGUGAUGAAAACUUCCUGAAGAUUAUCCGCUUCCUGUACAGCACCGUCGGCGCCCUGGACCGGAUCGGCCCAGAUGGCACACAGGUGGCGAUCGCCCAGUUCAGUGAUGACGCUCGGACUGAGUUCAAGCUGAACUCCUACAGUGACAAAGAACGUCUUCUUGAAGCCAUCAACAAGAUUUCCUACAAGGGAGGAAACACUAAAACAGGUCGAGCCAUCCAGCAUGUGAAGGAAAACAUCUACACCGCUGAGGGAGGAGCCAGGAGAGGGAUCCCCAACGUCCUCGUGGUUCUUACCGAUGGCCGAUCCCAGGAUGACGUCAACAAAGUUUCCAAAGAAAUGCAGAUGGCAGGUUACAUUGUCUUUGCGAUCGGCUUCGCUGACGCCGACUACGGAGAGCUGGUGAGCAUAGCCAGUAAGCCGAGCGACAGGCACGUCUUCUUUGUGGACGACCUGGAUGCCUUUCAGAGGAUUGAAGAGAAGCUGGUGACCUUUGUGUGCGAGGCCGCCACUGCCACUUGUCCGUCAAUACCAAUGAGUGGCAGCACAACCCCAGGUUUCCGUAUGAUGGAGCUGUUUGGACUUGUUGAAAACAAGUACAACAGCAUCUCUGGUGUUUCCAUGGUGCCUGGCACCUUCAACGCGUUCCCUUGUUUCCACCUGCACAGCAAUGCUCUGAUGGCACAGCCAACCAGGUUUAUCCAUCCCGAGGGACUUCCCUCUGACUACACCAUCACCCUGCUGUUCAGAGUGCUGCCCGAUACGCCAGAGGAGCCCUUCGCACUCUGGGAGAUCCUCAAUAAGAACAACGAUCCGCUUACUGGAGUCAUCCUGGACAACGGAGGGAAAACUCUGACGUUCUUCAACAACGACUACAGAGGAGAUUUUCAGACGGUCACAUUUGAAGGUCCAGAAAUCCAAAAACUCUUCUUCGGGAGCUUCCACAAGCUGCACAUUGCAAUCAGCAAGACGAGUGCCAAAGUGUUCAUCGACUGCAAAAUGGUGUCAGAGAAAUUCAUCAACGCGGCAGGAAACAUCACCACAGAUGGAAUGGAAGUUCUGGGGAGGAUGGUUCGCUCUCGGGAGAACAAGGACAACUCUGCACCGUUCCAGCUCCAGAACUUUGACAUUGUAUGCAGCACUUCAUGGGCCAGCAGAGACAAAUGCUGUGAACUUCCCGGUCUGAGGAAGGAGGCAGACUGUCCAGCCUUGCCCAAAGCCUGCACCUGCACACAGGACAGCAAAGGACCGGCUGGUCCUCCCGGAGUGCCUGGAGGCCCUGGAAUCAGAGGGGCCAGAGGCGAUCGAGGGGAGCCGGGCCCAGUGGGGCCCGCAGGUCCUGUUGGAGAUAUAGGGGUACCCGGGCCUCAAGGACCUCCUGGACCUCAAGGACCAAGUGGCCGCACCAUUAUUGGAGCCCCUGGUUCUCCGGGAGAGAGAGGGCAGAAAGGGGAAGCCGGCCAACAAGGUCAACAGGGAGUUCCUGGAAGACCCGGACCUGUGGGAAGAGAAGGACCUCCAGGACCCAGAGGGCUUGCAGGCAAAGAUGGCCCACAAGGCAGACAAGGACCCCCAGGAACUAUGGGGACUCCAGGAGCUCCAGGAGCACCUGGAAAUACAGGUGCCCAGGGAAAACAGGGGACACUGGGACCACCGGGUCCUCCAGGAACCAAGGGAGACAAAGGUGAACGGGGUGACCUCCAGUCCACAGCAUCAGUUCAGGACAUUGCCAGACAAGUCUGUGAGCAGCUAAUCCAAAGCCACAUGUCACGCUACAACUCUAUCCUGAACCAAGCGCCCAGUCAACCGGUGUCCAUCCGCACAGUGCCUGGACCUCCAGGAGAACCUGGUCGUGCAGGUCCCCCAGGGCCCGCGGGAGAACAAGGACCACAAGGAAGGCCAGGCUUUCCUGGCCAGAAUGGUCAGAAUGGAAAUCCUGGAGAAAGAGGUCAACCAGGAGAAAAGGGGGAGAAGGGAUCUGCAGGGGUUGGUGUCCAGGGCCCCAGAGGACCUACAGGACCUCCUGGUCCCCAAGGACAGGGCAGACCUGGCAACCAGGGUCCAUCAGGACGCCCUGGAAAUCCUGGAAAUCCUGGUAGGCCCGGAGUUCCUGGACCAGUCGGGCCUCCAGGACCUCCAGGAUACUGUGAUCAGAACUCUUGUUUGGGCUACAAUGUUGGAGAAGGCGAAGAUGUCACUGAUGUCCGCCGUAUCCCCCCAGUCCAACUCCCGUCCAGCGUCUUCCCAAACUACGGAGAGGCUGAGGAGGACGACCCGUACCGGUACUACCAGCCCAAUUACCCGGCGCCGCAGCCCGUUUCGCCUGAUGACCCUGCGCUGGAUGACGCUGAGCUCAGCUACCCCGAUGUGUACCGCGGCACACGGAGCAUAAAGGUGAAAGAUGGGCAGGUCGGGUCAAAAAGGAGAAUUAAGAGAGGAGUGAAGAAUAUUCCCGAACUAACUAACUGAGAGGAGGGAGCUGGAGGACGGAGGGCUGGUUGCUGUUUGUUAAUUGGAAGGUAUGGAGCCAUUAUGAACUAAUCAACAAGUGCCUGAUGUAGGGGGUUUCUUAUGGACAUCGGAGAUGGAACAGGGGAGGGAUAAUGAGGUUGGGAAAACUUAAUUCAACUAUGCUAUUGAAUUGACUUCAAGUGGGAAAAAAAUGAUUUAGUUUUAUUAAUUUUGUCUGGGUCAAGCAAAGUGUUCAAAAAAGGUACUGAACUUUAGUUUAUAAGACUGGAAAAGUGUCAGUAUUCAAUCUGAUGUUUUGUUUUCAGUUUUUCUUUUUUCCCCCACCGCCUGGUUCUUAAAGUGCCUCGUAGUGUAUUUCAUUAUACUUUAGCAGAGGAAAGUAUCUUGUCUUUGAAGGUCCAUUGUGAUGCCUGUUAGCCAGGGAAAGUUUUGCUUGACCGUUUUAUUUCGAUGUUUGACCAGUAAACGUGUAAAAUGGUUUUAAUAUAAAGAUCUGUUUUAAAGUACAACAUUUCAUGUAAUAUUUUUAUUUUCGGUAACGUGUGCAUCGAGCUCUGUAAUCAACACCACCACCCGUUUGUUUUAUAGGCACCUGAAAUUUGCAGCCAGAGAUUUUUUUUUCUAUCUUCAUAACUGGUAUUUGUGCAGUUUUGCAUGUUCUUGUUUCAUUUUAUUACACAAUGUACUAAUUUCUGAUCUGAUAAGGCCACAGACACAUCUAGCCUACUUAAUCAAGAUGGUUAUGGCUAGAAUACUAAGCUAAAACUUGUGUAUUUGAGGAGGCUGAUUAAACUACAACGUUCUACAUCGAUAGAUAAUGAGGGGGGAAAACGGAUUGACGGGUGUUUUAUUUUUUUUAAGUGUUAGCAUAUUGGUUUUUUUUGUUUUUUAUCAUUUCUAUAUUCCAUUAGUCAGCCAUGUGUUCCAGAGAAAAUCCCAUUGAUCUUCAUCCAUUUCAAGUAAUGUAGCGCACUAAUUAAUUUAACAUACAUGCUUGGUUUAUUAUAUUCGUUUUUAUGCUGGAUUUUUUUCUAUUUACACCCUUUUUUUUUUACUUGCCAGCGUGAACAAAUUAAGCCAUUAUUUCAAACACACUUUCGAUUUUGUAAACGUCUCCUCCGCUCAGUUUUUUUUUUCUUUUUUCUGAAGCCUUUUGUCUGUUAUCGCAGCGUCUGAUCAGGAUGUUUAAACGGUAAAAGAAAUCAAGGAAGUAAUUUAUUUUUUACUUGGUGUUGAUUUUCUCAGAACAAUAAAACUGAAGUACAAGCGAU